AUGGCGAUGAAUCGUGUUGUUAGGUUUUUGCUUUUGCUUUCCUGUUUGUGCGCCUCUAUUUGCGCCCGUCGUUAUCAUACCAGGCGGAAGAUAAACAGAGGUAUGUUUGUGUGUAUGGGUUUUUAUAUUAUAUAUAGACUAUAUAGUGUAAUAGCAACUCUGAGGGAAGAGAAGCUAUUAUAUGAUGAUGGAACCUGCGCAGCAGACGUAGAGUGGUUUGUAACCAACAGGUUGAUUGAACUGAAUUGUAUUGAAUUAAAUUGCUGUCUAUACUUUUACAUCCAGAGUGUAAUUCAUCCAGGAAAUGUUGUUAUACUAUACAUCCAGUGUAAUUCAUUCAGGAAAUGUUUAUACAUAAAUUGGUCAAUCCUAGAACAAAAUAUAGAUAACCACAAGUUCCCAAACAAUUUGUUACGUCCAUUUUCGAUAGCAAGAUGAAUUCCAGCAACAAUUCACGCGGCAAAUGAUGGGGGCAGUUAAAUAGGUAUACAGUUAAAUAGGUAUAGAGUACGGAUUUGAAAACUGGCAUCUUUAUCAUUCUUCAUCAUUCAUCUUUCCCUUAUUUACAUGUAGGUUAGCUUUAUGAAAUCCCUUUAUCGUUUUGAUUGUUGAUCGGCAAUUUGCAUAUGCAUGCAUAAGGAUAAGCCUUACUAAUACAAUGACGCAUAAAUUUUAAAUAGAGCAGUUCCGAUUUGCUGCUCUAAUCUAGCAGUUUAAAUUUUGUGAAGCGCAAACGGAUGGGACACAUGCUGGAACAAACUUAUGCCACAGAACCUUGCAAGGACGUAGGCAACAUUACAAUAAAAUAAUGCGAUUAAAAACACUUCGGUUGCUAUUGUCUGUACUGAGUCAGUGGUCAAUGUACGAUCGGUACGAUAAUGGAAAUGAUUAGCAUGCCAAAAUGGGGGAUAGUUUUAUUAUUAAAUUAUCAAGUCAUCUGUGUUCGAAAUGUACCAUAUAAUAUAUACAGUGCGCAUCGUCGGAUGAAAACAAGUAUAUCACUUUACUGCUCUGUCGGAACAGGUUUCUAUAUGAAAUGUACGUUUGUAUUGAUACGCCAUAUUAUUGCUGCCGAGCGAAGCGAUGGCAGCCACCUAUUCUUGACAACGUUUACAGUUUUUACUCGUGCCAGAUCCCCGUGCGACUUAUGUAUUUUAGCCAAAGCAUUUGAGAUUUGUUUGUCGUUCGUUCGAUCAUUCGGGUCGCAUUUUCUGACGUCACAGAAUUCGAAUGACGUUGUGUACAAAUUUAUAUACGCAGGAAGUUUACGAUGACAAUCCGAUUACUUCCGAAAGCUGCGUUCGGUGCGCCGUAGCUUCAUAGGAGCUAUGACAUUUAAUUUUGACAUGACCAUAUGGGCCAUAUAUGACAUGAUAUAUGGCAAUAAUAAAGUUGUAUACUGAUUCUGUCAAAAGAUCAAGCCAACAAGGUAUUGUAUAUCAAAUUUUACAAAUAUGUAGGUUGUAUGUCAAUUAGAAAAUUGCCAAUAAUAAAAAUAGUUAUAUGUAUUUAUUAUAUUACAGUAAAAUGAUUAUUAAUAUUGUUAUUAAUAUGGGAAUAUGUUAUGGAGUAAUUAAAGCCGUGCAUAAAAGAACCAGUGAAUUUUGACUUCAGGCUGUGGUUCUUAUAUUAUCUUACUUCACACUAUACUUUUUUAUAUUCUACACGUUGUAUUUUGGGUGCUUAAUUGCCCAAAUUUCAGGCUAGUGGAUCUUAACCUACUGGUUCUUUUAUGCGGGGCUUUACUGUAUAUCAAAUCAAUAGACCUUAUGCAUAAUUACGUCUUAAGGCUUGAUGUCUGUGAGGAAUGCUGGUCUUAGUAGUCAUCAUUGUCCAGGAAAAUUUCGAUAGUGGCCAUUUUGAACUGUUUAAUUUUCCUGGGCGAUUACUACUAAAGCCCUGGGCAAACUAAGAAACAUUGUUGCGGAAACAUUGUUUCUUGCCAAUUUUUCGCCAUGUUUCCCAGAGUGGGCAAACACUAGGAAACAUUAGUGCGAAACAUAGGGAAACAUCAAAUGUUUCUGAAUUUGCUAGGAAACAUAUUUGCUUCUCGGGAAGCAAAUUUUGUUCCCGCAACAAUGUUUCCAUGGGUGGGCAAACAGCGAAACAUCUGAGGAAACAUCACGAAUCACAAAUGUUUCCGCAACAAUGUUUCCUAGUUUGCCCAUAGCUUAAGACCAGCAUUCCUCGCAGACAUCAAGCCUUGUGACAUCAUUAUGCAUAAGGUCAAAUGAGCAGUAUGAUGUCCAAAUUGGAAUACACAAUUGUACACGAAUGAAAAAUUAUCUGACUUUUUUCCAUAAUGCUCACAAUUUCUUUCUUAUUAUAUAGUUUUACAGUUCUGAGUACAAUCUUAAUCAUUUGUAAAAAGAAUGGUGUCAUAUGAAGCUGACAUAUUAAACAAUUGCAAUCUUAAUCAUUUACACAAUGAAUGGUGUCAUAUGAAGCUGACGUAUUAAACAAAAAAUGUCAACAAAAUAGGUUUUGUCUCCCCAUCGGCAGAUUGUGCCGUUGUUCUGCGGUAGCCUUGAAGGGGCCAUUAAAAUGAUAAUUGGGACAAAAACUGACUUAAUGGUAGUAUUUCUAUGUAUGAAAUUGUUAUUAAAUUCUACAAAUCAAAUGAUUCAUUCAAGUAUGAAUUAUUAUCGUUUGUUAUAUACGAUAUUGUACAGUAUUGAGUGGCAAGCUAGCCAUGACAAUUGGUCAUGAUAAGCUAAUAAACCUGCAUCUAUUUGAAUAAUGCAAAUCAUUAAAAACUUGCAUCGAAUGACCUGUAGACUUUCACAAAGUCCCUCAUCUUUGUUUAGAACAAAGGAAUUUUCAAGGAAGUAAUUUCUUGAAGAGUAAGGAAUUUGUGGAAGUCAAUACAAUUAGAAUAUUUAGCUGAGUUUCGAUUUUGUGCAAAGUGUUUUCAUAUUCAAAUUGCACUUUUCCUACCUCCUGAACAGUUGUCAUAGGGGUGCUUUAUGUGCUUAUGUGAUGGAAGGUGGGGGAGGGGGGGGGGAGCAGCACUUUCCUUGCGAUAGUAAUUUCUAGUAUAGAGAAUAAUACAUGGGUGCGCGGAAAUACCAGAUUUAUUUCGAGUGUUGAACAUGUUACCUCACGAGUGAGCGCAGCGAACGAGUGAGAUAUCAUGUUCAACACGAGAAAUAAAUCUGGUAUUUCCAAGCACCCAUGUAUUUUUCUGUUUAUUAUAUAAACAAAAUUCAGUGAAAAACAAUAAAACGUCCGUGGCAAUGCGUUUUACAACAAAUGAUAUUUUCACACGUAAAAAUAUCGUAUUUUUUACGUGUGUUUAAGGUGGCUCGAUACAGUUUUCAAAAAUUCAGGUGUUUAACACUUUGACAUGUUCAAACUACGCAUUUUUAGGAUUUAUUCAGCAGAUAUUGGUUUUUUUAUAUAUUUUGAUAACUCUACUUUCAAAUUAUAUUAGUUUUAGUAACAGAGAGUUCGUUGCUAUGACGACAUACGUGUACGAAAUUCACUCCAAAAUGGCCUAUCUUCUCGUAUAGUUGGAAAAAAAGCAUGGUGACCCCCAAGUUUUUUUCGUGCAUUAUUUUACUUGGACGAAAAGCUAACAAUUAACAAAAUAUAAAAAAUUCUGCAAUGCCAUUUUUUUGGAAAAUGCGAAAAUGUCAUAUUCUUCGGUAAAAUUUUUUUGGCAUUACAGAAUUUUUAUAUUUUUUGUAUAAUGAAAGUUUUUAGCGGUACAAUACAGCAUGCAAAAUUUGAACAUAGGUCACCAGAUAAAAUAAAGAGAUAUAGCGCAUUGGUUUUCUAAAAUGGAAAAUUCUAAUGGCGUCAGCAAAUGACAUAAAACGCUAUAGAACCCGCGCAAUGGCGUGAUAUGGCGCGAGCAACCGCUGACGCCAGGUCAUUUUGAAAGUUCUUUCAUUUUGUUAAUCAGUUUCCGCGACCUGCGCGUAAAAAUGGUCACCCUGUUUUGAGUUCGCGAUUCUUGCAUGAUAGUGAUAACUAUAUCGAGCCACCUUAAAUACGAUUUUUCUCAGUGGCCAAAAACUCUAUAUAACACUUAUGUUUAGCCUAUAUAAUAAUACAUAUUUAUUACAUAUCAGUGACAAAAUAUCGUUUUCGUACACGCUUCAUGUCAAAUUUGUGUCUUUUUUUGUCGAAAACUAUUAUAAUAUAUAAUAGUAAACACAGAGUAAAACGCUGCAAAUCAUACCCGUGCGGUAUUACAAUUGUGAGUAAGACCGCCACGUACGUUUGAUGAUGCUUUACGAUUGGCAUAUGGCUAUGCCUGCAUGAUACGGUGCAAAAAUCAAAAUUAAAAUGACGAAGAUUCAUCACCUCAGAAAGCGCAAAAAAUGUAUAUUGUGUUCGUUAACAUCAAUUGGAUUAGCGUUUGGUUGCAUUGCACGUUGCAGUAGGUGGAGUAUUCAUAGGAAGUGAAAAAAAAACAUGAAAAUGUGAAAUGUAUACAAGUCAAACUUAGCUAGUCCGUAUGGAUCGAUUUAACACUGUCAGCACGCAUUUAUUAUUACGUUUAUUAAGAGCAUCAUAAUUGGAGUCAAUGAUAUUUUCCAUAUGAUAUAAGAAUAUCCCAUAUCCCACUAUAGCGCGUAUAAAUAAUGAACAGUCCCUUAUCUUAAAAUCUUAAAUACAGUCACUCAGUCAGAUCAGUGGACAAUAUAUUUUUUUUCUUAAUGGUGUGCCAAAGUCCGUUCAAGAUUGUAAAUCGGAUUUCCCUACAGUAAAGUCAGUAAAAGAUGAAACGCUAAUUCUAUUCUACUGUUUCUAAAACUCUUAUAGCUAAUGGUUCGUGUAGAAAUGCAAAUUGGUGGACAAGUUUCGACAAAACUGGCUGGUCGAAAUGUCCAGCUACAUCUCCUUACAUAAAUGGUUUGUACAGAAGCAGAGCUUCACGGCCGAAUCGUGACUAUAUUUAUCUUUUGCAACAAGCCAAAUGUUGUGGUAAUGGGAGUCAGUCUAAUGCUGAAUGCGUGCAAGUAAAUUGGGUUGCCAGCUUUGAUAGGUAAUUUUUAUCCAAUUUAAACAUUUUCUUCAUGAAAUAUUAUACUAUGUUUAAUUCUACGUGAUACUUUCUUCACUGACAUAUUACUACAUGGCUGUGUUAUAUUCUUUGCGAAGAAUUUCCAUAUCAAAACGACCCUGAAACCGAUCUUCUAUUUUCUCCAGUAAACUCAUAGUCUCUUUUCGACACAGCAAAAAUACCCGUGAAAUCCGAGUUCAUAGCUCCCUAGCUAUCACAGGAUACGUCGUCACAGAAUGGCAUGUUUCCUUGCCGGGUUGCCAAAUGCAAAACCUGUCAAUCGCAAUACCAUGUCAAAGCGGGGUAAGUAUUUUUCGAGUUAAGCCCUUCGAGUUAAGCCCUUUUCGAGUUAAGCUCCUGCCACGCCAUUUUCGCCGGGGGCUUAACUCGAAGUCAAUUAGUAUAGGUAAUCAUGCGAUGGCGAGUACAACUGUACAAUUAGGGAUUAAUAGUACGAGUUAUGUUUGGAAAUUUUGCCAAAAUUGGACGACCCGCCGAGGCGAGUCCAAUUUGGCAAAUUUCCAAACAUCACGAGUACUAUUAAUCCCUAAUUGUACGAGUACUAUUAAACCCUAAUUGUUUAUUAUUAGCAUGACAAAAUUGGAUACGUACUUCUCAAUGUCAAUUGUCAACAUCAUAUUCUCUCGCCAAAGCCCAGUCCUGCCAGACUUUCAACCAAAAUUUGGUGCUUUUGUUUGUAUUUCAUUUAGUUCUUUUGUUAAAGAAAAAUUUGGUGCUUUUGUUCGUAUUUUCAUCUAGUUCCUCUAGGGCAAUUUCAGUUCACGUUUGUGUUUAAAAUACCUUUCCGCCAUUUUGUUUGUUUUGGGAAAAUCAUUAAUUGUACUGCAGCACAAUUAAUGAAAUAAUUGUACUCCUCUCAACCAAUCAGCAUCCAGUAAUUUUGUCAUGCUAAUAAUAAACGAUUUAAGCAUUCGAGUUAAGCCCCGACAUUUGGUGGAUGUAAAGAAGUGACGCGUGUAGCCUAUAUAUAUACACGUAAAAAUAUUGGCAAAUAAGGAUUGAGGGAGGAUGUAAAAUUUCAGCAAUUUUAAGAAAUAUAUUUUUCUAAUAUCUUUGUUGCUUUGCCUACAGUUUUAUACAGACAAUGAUAUCGUGAAAUGAGAUACCCUAGAAAUGAGAGAACUCGAUAAGGAUUUGCAACAGCUCAUUCAGGGCGGCAAUUACGGCUUUAAAAAAUAAAUAAUAUACAGGUGUAGAAAAAAAAAGGUAAUCGAACUUCAACGCGCUAUUGUAUCUGAACUACUCUGCGUAUGAAUGAGAUUUUUUCAUCUUUGGAAAGAUCAGGCUUUUAGCUGUCGAAUGAUAUGUUGUUCUUCAUGCCAAAUAGAUAAAAAAUAAGUACGAGUCCGAUAAAAAAUGCUAGUCAGAAUCGCAUAUUUCCAGGAACUAGAACGCACUAGCAGUCCCACGCCGAACCUUCUGAGCUGCUGUCGAGCUCGUUGAAGUCCUUCUAAAAGACUCAUUUUAUAUCACUCCAAUGUUAUAGUGCCUGCCAAUCAUUUAGUUUUUUCGAUAACGGUGACCGGCUGCCGGUAUUACUGACUACUAUCCUUCCUGUCUGUUCUCUCUCUGAUGGGUUCUUGGCAAGUGGAGUUACUCGGUUAUGUCAUGUAAAUAGUCACCGGAAAACUAUAAAUGAGUUUACAUAAUAUUCUAGUCAUAGAUCUUGUCGUUGCCGAGUAAAUUGGUUAGGAAGGUAGCUUGCCUCCACAUGAACAUGCCUAAGAUUUGCGUUCUGCAAGUGUCGCUAUAUAUUAUUUAUUUUUUAAAGCCGUAUAAUUGCCGCCCUGAAUAAGCUGUUGUUAGUACAAAUCCUCAUUGAGUUCCCUCAUUUCACAUUUUACAUUCUCCCUCGACCUUAUUUGCCAAUAUUUUUGCAAGUACACACGCGUCACUUGUUUACAUCCACCAGAUGUCGGGGCUUAACUCGAAUGCUUAAAUCGUUAAUUGACUUCGAAUUAAGCCCCCGGCGAAAAAUGGCGUGGCAGGGGGCUUAACUCGAGCUUAACUCGAAGGCCGGCUUAAAGGCCAUGUUACACGGUGCAAUUUUUCUUGCAACUUGCAAUGCAAUCCUACUCUUGAGAGAUGUUAAUUAGUGAAAUCAGUGAAGAAUUUUCGAUAUGCUGAGAAAGCAUCACCGUGGAAAACAUCAGCGGAGUGUAAUGAAGACUCGUAUUUGGCAAUUUUACAUCUCUCAAGAGUAGAAUUGCAUUACAAGUUGCAAGAAAAAUUGUACCGUGUAACAUGGCCUUAACUCGAAAAAUACCUACCCCGUCAAACCACCAUCUCACGUGCACCUCCUCUCAUGCUUUAUUUUGGGGAAACUGGAAGAUCUUUGCGGACAAGGUUUGGUGAACAUCGGCGUGCAGUCAUUGGUAAUGAUGCUAUAACCAGCCUGUUCCAGACAUUUUAAUACUGGCAAUCACAGUGUUUCAGAUAUGAAAAUUCGGGCCCUCUGUCUCAUUUCUGGUAGCAACGAUACUCGUAAAAACAUGAAAUACGUACGUCUAGUCAUUUCCAAACAUGGCACUGUCCAUCCUAUGGCAUUAAUGCACGUUUUUCACUUUUUCCUAUGUUUAACUCUUCUGUCUAGGUUUUCCUGUCAAAAGCAGACAGUAGUUUAAAUUCUUACCUUAUUUCUUACUCGCAUGUUUCAUCAGUAUUUCAUAUAUUUUGUUGAACUUACUGUAGUUUUCUGUAUAUUUUUAUUAAGUUAAUAUUAUAUUCUGUGAUGUGAUGUACAUUUUUUGUUCAUACUUUGUUUUCGCUAAAUCCAUCUGACUGGUUUAUUUUGUGUCGCGUGAUGUUUUUAUAUUCUUAGCAUAAAAUCUCAUGUAAUUUUUCCGACCCCCGUUAGUAAUUGCAGACGAAUGGCCUUUGUUCGAAACGUCGAAAUUCUCCUUAUAUUUACAGGUAGUUGCAUCCCUUACCAAUGAAAACUUGUUAAUCCUUUAUACCUACUGUUUAAACAAUAUUUGCUGCAUCGUUUAAGCGAAUGGAAUGCCUCUACUCCAUUUCUUUAAAACAGGCAGUUUUUGCACUUGUAUAAAGAUUGAAAGAAAUUCAAAAGAAACAAAUGAAAUACUCCUGACUUUGGGUUACUCAGUUAUAAAUGGUAUAUACUGCAGUUAUUUUGUCUUGAAAUAAUUUAGUAGUUCGUCUCAAUUGUGCACGCCCAGCAUGUACAGUACAACCUGCGAAUGCUAUGUUACGAUUAACUGCAGAUUCCGAUCGUGUUGGUUUCCUGGAUUUCUCACACUUGCGUUAUGUGCCCGUGAGACAAAACGCUUUUUAGAUUUUACUUUUUCUUUUCUUUUAUUUUAUUCUUAUAGAAAUCGUAAUUGGAACUUAUGUCCAUCAGGAUAUUUUCUGUCUGGUCUUUACCGUUCACGCGGUCAUAAUCUGCGCAACAUUGAAUAUGCGUGGUGCUGUAAACCUCCUGGUACUCCUAAUUCCUACAAGUCGUGCUACAAUGAGAACGUUUGGUCGAGAUUUGACUGGAAUCGACAAGGAAUGGUGUCAUGCACCAGAUCUGGUUAUUAUAUCACUGGCCUUUAUCGAUCCUCUUGCAACUAUAUGUAUUGUAUUGAAGAAUUCAAAUGCUGCCAAUUGCCUGCUGCAAAAGGUGCGUCAAAUACAUGAUAAUACUGAGAGAAUCUUUUCUCUGGUGAUCACCCUUUAGUAAAAAUGUAGUUUAUCUACAGUUUUCUACUGAUUUACCUGACCUCUAUUUCACACUGCUUUAGUGUAUGAACCGCGUCAAAAAAUGUUACUAUUAUUCGUUUGUCUAUUGAUUAAAGAUGCUGUACAGUCCGAUCUUCGCAUGUGCACAAAGGAGCCCACUUUUUAUUAUACAAACAGUUUAUUUAGGUUUUCAUUUCAUUUUAUGUUCUUGCAAAGCUUGAUUGUUGUGUGUUGAUAAUUUAUUAUACUCUAGAAUGAUCAUGAAAAUAUAAAUAGUUGGAUACCGAAAUGUAAAGAAUUUUAUGUAUUUUGGAUACUGAAAUGUAACAUACGGACUGUACCGCAUCUUUAAGGCUUGCGCUGGUAUAGAUGACUUGAUAAGAGAAUAUAAUAAUAAUACUAAUCGGAUUAGUACUCGGGUAAAUUACAUUACAAGACGCUACUUCGGACGGCUCCUUGCAAUGGAUAAACCAUACCGAAUACCGAAUCUUAGUUUGCAGCGAUAAUCAAUUUGCAUGUGCCGUGUAAAGUGACAGUAUAUCUGAAGCGAUAAAUAGUAAAUUAAAGUGUGUAUGAUUAACAUUUGUUGCAAGAAACUGAUAAUUUACGAGAUUCUCAAUCAGCCAGUCGUACUUAAAAAUGCGGCAGCUUCUAAACUGAAAAUGUCUUACUUAGCUGAUGGUUCCAAAAAAUGUUCUGCGGACAACAAGAAUGGGAAUAUCAGCAUGGUUUAUCGUAGAACAAUCAGAUCAGAUGUCGCCAUUUCCAAGAUGCAGCUUUUAUGACGAGUAACGAUUGUUGAAUUCCUGGAUUUUUUAAAGGAAACUAUGACAGGUUAUUUCAAGUCAGAGGUAGCAUUCGUUGUCUGUUCGGAAAUACAAUUUAUCAAACAAUCAUGGAGUACAUUUAGAGCCGCACAGAGAAAUUCGAGGGCCCGGGGCAAAUUUUUAAUUUGGGGGCCCUAUUUUUCCCCAAAAAUGUUGGCGAGGGGGGAGGGUUAAAAAUUUUUGCCGAACGGCAUAUCCAAAAAAAAAGGUUGAAAACUUUUUUUCCAGACAAACCCACGUAAAAUUAAGGUUCAAAAAUAUUUUUCCGGACAAAUACCUGUAAAAUCACGGAUAAAACACAUUUUUUCGGACCAAUAGCAGUAAAAUUAGGGUCUAGAAGAUUUUCUCAUAUCAUUACGUAUACAAAUGAUUUUUUUAAUUACACCUUUUGCCCCCCCCUUUUUCAAAUUUUGCAAAGGUCCCCAUUUAACUGGGGCCCCGGGGCAAAUUGCCCCAUCCCCCCCCCCAUCUCUGGGCGGCCCUGAGUACAAUAAUUAUUAUUUUCAUAUUUUAUUCAUGUAUUUCAGCACCUCAAACAACGAGAUCUCCUGCACAAGUCACCGGUAAGUUUUAUAUUAAACUUUCAAUUUUCUUUAUUUGUUUCGUGGAAAAGACUAGCUACGUUUUGCAUCCCUGUGCACGAAUUACCCUCACAGUACGAGCAUUAGAGAGUUUUAAUUUACACAUGCAUGCAGUUUUUGCUGCAAUUUUAGCGCGAUUUUGCGAUCUUUACAAAUUAGCCCUCUUGUGCUCGAAUUUGUUUCCAUACUUCCUCUUUCAUUGGCCGUUGCCGAGUGAGAUUGACGUAUUACAUACGAGUUUCGAUUCAAACACCCACGAAACGUUUGUCGCAAGCUAUGCUCCUGCAAUUGAAAAAAAAUUUUUUGCCUGUUUCUAUACUUGCACAUAUGGCAUAGCAUGCCUGGCCCAAAGAGUUGCCCGAAGAGCAGGCUGCAGUACUGUGCAGAAUGAAAGCCCCCAAAACAACAACAAUAAUUAAAAAAAGCUGUCCCUAACGAUCCCCAAAUGCACGAUAUGAACUACUGUAUUUGAGUUAGGAUAUUGAACGUUGCGGCUAGAAUAGGAAUAGACUUAGAGUUAGGGAAAGGUCACAAGAGUAAGGAUGAUGCCAUGGUUAAUACUAGGAUUAAAAGUCAAAUGUGAUUGUUAAUUUGGAAUUGCUCUGUUAAUUUUGAGGUACAAGUACAACAUCAUCAAAUUUGUUCCAAAUUCAAAGUUCAGGCUAUAAUAAAUGCCUGAAAGCGAGUUAUGUAAGACGACGUGGGGUUUACAGAAAAGUCUUCAAUGGAAGAACACACACUUACCGUUAUGUAGUCACAACUAGCGUAGCGCUAUCUUUGAGCGACUGCGUUUACCUCUCCAAACAGCAGAGCUGGCGCUGGACAUCAGAUGGACGUCUUCAGUCAGAUUUAAAUCAACAAUGUCUUGCCGUGACCAGUGUUUGGAACGGGUAUCUAGGUAAAAGAUACGGAGCAUCACUGCAACCUUGCAAUUCUACCACGAGCGACCAAGGCUGGGUCUGUGAUGGUGGUUAUUUAAAACUGAAGAACAAGAAUUUGUACCUUAUACCAUUCUUAUACAGUGGGCGCCGAAGGCCUAGUGGUGGUAUCACAGUAAGAUCCAGUGUGACCAACAGCUGCCUGUGGGCACGCUAUCGUACUUCGAAAUCACUCUGUCGAAAUGGUAUGUUGGUCCAUAUGUGUAAUACAUAAUGUUUCAUUAUGUUUGUGUACUAUAAAACAUCCUAAACGUAUGUUAGUACUCAUUAUUGCCGGCAGCUGAUAUUAUCAAUCAGGACUGACUGACGAGCUUGCUUGCUGAGCCAUAUCUUUGAUUUGUUCAACUAUCUUACUUAAAUGUACUACCGUAGCAAAACGGCGGGUACUUCCUAUCGUCCGAAGAAAUAUGUCAUAUUUCGUGUAUAUACACUCAGAAAUUGGACUACAUUCUUGCGCUUGUUACUUUUAAAAUAGGAAACAAUUGUUAUAGCCAAGCUCUGCAUAGUUUAUCGUAGAAUAAUCUGAUGUUACCAUUCCCAAGAUGUAGAUAUUACGACUGAAGCAAGAUUGUAGAAUUUCUAAAUGUUUUGGCCAGAACACAACACCGGAAUCUACUGCGCAAGUCACUAGCAAGUUUUACGUGAUAUUCUAAACUUCCUUAAUAUCAGUUUUGAGGACAAGACCACGUUUACCAUCCCUGAGCCCAAACUCUCACCAGCACAAGUCUUACAGUGCUUCAAGGCACGCUUACAGUGCUUAGUUCGGUGUACGAACCUCGUCAAAAAAUAUUACUGUCCUUCGUUCGUUCAUUGAUUAAGACUUGCGCUGGUAUACUGUAGAUGACUUGAUAGGGGAAUAUAAUAAUAAUACUAAUAAUGAGACUAGUACUAGUACUCGGAUAAAUUACAUUACAUGACGCUACGACGGCACCAAAUACUGAAUCUUAGUUUGCAGCGAUAAUCAAUUUGUGUGCGCUGUGACGAAGUGAAAGUAUGUCUAAAACGAUAAACAAUAAAAAUGAGCAUGAUUAACAUUUGUUGCGAGAAAUUGUUAAUUUAAGAAAUUCUCAAUCGGCAAAUCAUACUUCGAGUUAAGCCCUUUUCGAGUUAGGCCCCGACUACACCCAAACCACACCCAUUUUUGUUAAGGCCUUAACUCGAAGAAAGAAACAUAACUUGGAAAGUUCGAGUUAAUCCCCGUGAAAAAAAAGGGCUUAACUCGAAGUCUUUUGAAAACAUUCAACGCUCAAGUUAAGCCACGACAUUUGAAGCAUGUAAAAGAGCAAUGGUUUGAGUAGUCCACAAUAUAUAGCUGGAAAUACAAUAAUUAACUACAAAGUACAAAUAAAUUUAAAUACAGUAAUAUUGGAUGCACCUACUUGUAAAUCCUUUCCUUUUUUAAAAUCACUUACAUGUAUAUUCUGUAUCAAUAGUUAACCGUAAAGGAGUGUUCAGCUCUUUGGGUAUAACCUGUCAUUUAUCUGACAAAGAUUGGAAAAUAAAAUAAAAUAAAGUAAAAUAAUCUCUUUUUAUUCAUGAGCUUCCCUAGCCUGCUCACAGACGUUGUAGUUCUUACGCCAAGCGACGAAAUACUAUUGUCUGCUUACCCGAGCUGCAUAUUCAAUUCCCUUUGUUUUAGGAGCCAAUCAUAUAGCGGUGUUCAAAAAAGUUAGAGCCAAUUGGAAGCCGCCUUAUUGAGAGAUUAGCUACUGGGGAAAGCCCUUGCACAUGCAUUGGAAUAUAUUGUUUGGGUUGAAACUCGAAAUUUGUUUACUUGCGUGGAUAUAUUUUGGAAACUAUAGCGUUGAACUUCACGAUGUAAACGUAGAAUAAUAUUGCGAUCAUCUUCUCGCAUGUUCAGCAAACAAUCGGUGUAUAUAAAGUGCUAAAGCAAUGCAGUAGGCGAAAUUUAAAUUUUUGUUAACAAUGACAAACAAUCAAUCGGGAAACUCGAGUAUAUCAGGAUAUGUCCAAAUGUUGCUCUUGAUACUUCCUAUAUGCUAAAACUUCUAAAAGAUUAAGCUCUCAUUGUCAUGUAGAAAAGUAUAGCCAAGUUAGAGUAUAAACGUUUCGGAGUUUGGGCGAAUUGGAAAAUUCAUCACGGCGCAAUUUUAAUACAAGUUUCUCGGGUUUGUGUUGUGUUUACAGUUUACAUUCAGAAGUGGUUGCUCAAACAGCAAAUUAGUUUACUUUGAAGCUAAUAUUUCGCUUUCUAAGCCACAGUAUUAUAUAAAAUUUUCUGUCUUCCGAGUUCUGUUGUCUUAUAAAGAUAAACAUCCGUCAAAAGUUCAAAUUUCAGCGAAAUAUAUUCGGCAUUUGAAGCUGUCUCGCCUGUCUGGCUUCAUACAGUUCUUAAAUAUGCCAAUCCUGUCCGCGUUUUAAAUAUAACCGAACAUCUUUAAUAUCCAAAUCUGAUCAUUAAUGGUGCAUUUUAUUACCUGGACAAGUAUCAGUAACUUUAAAUUCAAUUUAUGUGCAAUUUUGACCAAAAUUCAACCGACGCUGCUUUCAAAAUAUAUAUUUAUAUUUAUUCCGCUCCUAAAUCAACUGACGUCACUUUCCAGAAUUUGGAAGGUAAAUUCUGAUUGGUCGACGUAGCGGAAUUCAGUUUGGCGCUCAGGUAAGCAGACGGUAGUAUUUCGUCGCUUGGCGUAAGAACUACAACGUCUGUGAGCAGGCUAGAGCUUCCCAGCUAUGGUUUGAAAGGCGGCAUACUUCAGAUAUUGGGCGCAAAUAACGAAUUGUUGCCGUAUACAUCUCCCAGUUAAAAACUAGUGAAUCAUUUAAGGAUUCCAACUUGAACGAACCAUAUUUUUAGCAUGAAUUAGAAUGUAUCACUAAUACAUUUUAGAAAUGAAGAAAUUCGGAAAUUUAUAAUAUUAUAAGCAACCAAAUCCAACAGCAACGACAAUGUAAAAAAGUUGUGACGCACUAAACGUAAAACAGCGUGGAAUUGUCUAUAAAGUCAGUGACAUACCAAUAAAUCCAUAUGCUGUCAAACCGAAUUGCUGCAACCAACAUGUAAACCUACUGGCCAAGCAUUUGAUAAAAUCGACUUGGGAUAUGAACAAUUAAUGCCAUUUGGCUUUCGAUCUACGUAUUUGCGUCGCUCUUCAUGGCCAACUAUUGGUUAUAAUGGUCAUAAUAGCCGAGCCAUUUAUACCAGCAAUAAUAAUUCGCGGCUUUAUUUCGCGUAGGAAGUCGAUUUAUGCGUAAUAAGCUCAAAGGUAUAAAAGCUAGUCCAAAACAAUCUAUUACUUAAUGUAAAUUUGACUGUUUGUACGAGUUGCUCGUGACGCAUUUAAGCUGCAGCUUAUUUAGGCCGAGGCGUUAGAUUGUGGACGACUCGAAUCAUUGCCCUUUUACAUGCUUCAAAUGUCGGGGCUUAAAUCGAGCGUCGAAUGUUUUCAGUGACUUCGAGUUAAGUCCCUCUUUUUUCACGGGGCUUAACUUGAACUUUCCAAGUUGUGUUUCUUUCUUCGAAUAAAGCCCUUGACGAAAAUGGGUGUGGUUUGGGCGUGAUCGGGGCUUAAUUGGAAAAGGACUUAACUCGAAGGGCUUAACUCGAAGAUUACCUACCUCCUUAAAAAAUGUGUCAAAUUCUAAACUGAAAAUGUUUUAAUUGAUGUCUCCGAAAAAGGUUCCGUCGACAACGACAAUGGGAAUCUCAGUAUAGUUUAUCAUAGAAUAAUCAGACGUCGCCAUUUCCAAGAUGUAGCUUUUACAACGUAAGCAACAUUGUCGACUUCCUGGUUCUUUUGAAAGGAAAUAUGACAGGUUAUUUUGAGUGAGAGGAAGCAUUCGUUGUUUUCAUAGUAUAAUGAAACAAACAUUGCAUUAUAAUAUUCAUAUAUGUUUAUGUAUUUCAGCACCUCAAACAACACCGACACCUACCACGCGAGUCACUAGUAAGUUCUACGCGAAGUUUUAAAUUUUCUUAUUUGUUUUAUGGGCCACGUUUCGCAUCCCUGAGCCCAAACCCUCACCAGUAUACAAGUAUUACGCCUGUAUACUAAAGGCUCAUUCAAAGUCACACUCAAUGAGUGGAAGCUUAAUCUGAGCUUCUCUCGAGUGUCAUUGCUGUUUUUGAAAAGCUGUAGGGCUAGUUUCAUACCUGACUAUGUGACUACUCACACUCCGGCUAUUCAAAAAAAAAAUUAAUUGACACUCAAGAGAAGCUCAGAUUGAACAUCCAUUCAUUGAGUGCAUGUGAGUGUGAAUGCGAGUGACAGUGUUUAAGGCCGUUAACACUUGCUGCAACUUUAGGCGUGAUUAUCUUCUUCUUAUGCAUGUGACCUCGGUGGAUAAGUUAUGAAUGUCAUAACUCAUCUAGUCAAUCGUUUACAUGCAUCAAAAGUUGAAAAUUGCACCAGGAAUCGCAGCCAAAAUCGCUAAUGUAAACGGGAAUUUAGGAUUCUAGAAAAACUUAAUUUCAGUUACUAACCCUAGUCAAAAUGAUUUAACCCGCAUAGCUAAUUUCUCUUUUACAGCAGUCACAGCUCAAAACCAAUGGUUUCAAAUUAAGAAUACAGCUUAUAACAAGUGUCUAGCCUUGCGAGAUAAGUCACAGUUGUCAUACGGUUUCAGAGGAUUGGCUCCUACGUUCACACUCGAUACCUGUGAUCAGAACUCGGCAAGACAGUUAUGGCAAUGGACAAGUGACGGUCAACUGAAGUUAAAUCAUAACGGAAAUUGCCUGACUUAUGACUGGUUUAAGUCGAUUCAUUUUCAGCCAUGCACGGCGUCAAAUCGAAACCAGCAGUGGUUAUGUGUCGGAAGUAAAUUGAAGCUAAGGUUCAAUAGACAAUACUUGGUGACGUUUAUAUAUAGUGGUUUGCCGUUUGGUUACAAUGUCAAGACAAGGUGGUACUGUCCUUACGCUAGUUGUACUUGGUCUCGUUUUGGAACAGGAUUAUCUAUUUGUGACAAUGGUAUGUUUUGUAUGAAAUAUAUAAGUUGGAUGUCUAUAAUUUUAUUGCCAUGGUUAAUGUAUAGGAAGCAGUCUAACUGCAGUCCUUGACAAAACGGAUGAAACGGCCCACGAAAUAUAUAAACGUUUAUGUACAGUGCACGCGCAAUGCACAAUGGACCUAUUCCCUAAUGAACAAAAUUUUGAUCUAGACAAGUCUAGACAAAAAUUUCAUCACAGCUUGAAAGAGCGUCACAAAAUUAGUAAUAUUCCGAAGUUUCGUUGCGAAAUGUCGUAAAAUGCGGAUAAUAUAGCCCUGCGAAGUUUGCCGUUUUUCAGUCAUUUUGUAUUACGCGCGGGAAAUUGAUACCUUUUUUCAGAAAGCGGUAUCAAUUUCCCGCGCGUAAUACAAAAUGACUGAAAAACGGCAAACUUCGCAGGGCUAUAUUGUCCGCAUUUUAGAACAUUUCGCAACGAAACUUCGGAAUAUUACUAAUUUUGUGAUGGUCUUUUAAGCUAGACUUGUCUACUCUUGUCUAGAUCAAAAUUUUGUUCAUUAGGGAAUAGGUCCAUUUAGAACUUUAGGAACUCCUAGUUUGCAGAAUCAUAGAAUCAAACAAAGAUGACUAAAGCCUGGUUUUCAUGUGGCCGUAUACCGGUCAUAAAGAUUGAGUCACGAUCUUUCUCAUCAGCCGAAAUACAACAUUUGAGAACUGAAAAUACGCGGACUGAUUACAACUAUAGAGAAUACUUAUGAUUUAUAUGUGGUUUACAAGAAGUUUUGUAAAACUAAAAGAACAGAUAAACUUUUACUUUUAAUUUUUUUUUAGCCAUUAUAAAUUUUAACGAAGAUGUAUCGUACAUGAUAUUAUGUAAAUAAGUCGUUCAUUCAGUAUUAAAUAUAACAAAAGUUAUAAAUGUUUCUCGGGAACGCAACAACGACGACAUGCAGAUGCUAUGACUACACAAAUUAUUUCAACCCAAACCUCGACAACCAUAGUUACUACCGCUAAUACACCUGCAACCACAACUAUCCCAUCUACAAUUCAGCCGCCAGUUCCACCCACGGAUGACAUAGGAACGCCACCUCUUCCACCAACAGGUGCAUUGAUACCCCCACCAAUCCCUGCAAACACACCUCCCGUUCCACCAUUUCCCGCAAACACACACGCCGUUGUCACAACAACCAAACCACCCCCACCGCAGGGGAAUAAAAAGAUAAGGUGUGGAACCAAAGGCAGAAUCGGUGGGGUAGUAAAUGGCACAGGAGCAGCAGCUGGGAGUUGGCCGUGGCAAGUCGGGAUUAAAAAAUGCGCCCAUUGUAAUAUAACGUGUGGUGGUACGCUGAUAAAUGACGAGUGGGUAGUUACCGCUGCCCACUGUGUAUCGCAGUCGUUCCCAAAUGAGUUAUAUAUCGUGAUCGGGGAAGUAGACCAAUCUACGAAAUCUGGACACGAGCAAAGAUUUAGAUGCACAAAAAUAAUUGUUCAUGAGGACUAUGGAGUUGAUGCGCCAUAUGACAAGGACAUUGCCAUAAUAAGAUUGGAUAAAUACGCCGUGUAUAAUGACAAUGUGCGUCCACUCUGCAUGCCUGGAAGCGGGACAGUGUUAACAGAAAUUGAUUUAUGCACGGUCACAGGCUUUGGACGUGUUACACAAAAUGGCGUGAAAUCUGCGAGACUCUUAGAGGCUAAUGUGAAGAUAGUAAAUUUCAAUACGUGUGUGAAGGUAAUGUUCUAAUCCUUACCACUCCAUAUUUGGCUUAUACUAAAAGGUUCUAAAAUGUUGAUUGAAAAAUGUUACUAGCUUGAAAAUACGCAACCUCGUUCCCAGGGUCUUUCUUAGAACGGCGCGAGGCGAAGGAAAGACCCUGGUUUCGGCUGGUCACGUGUCACCCAGAUUCUGGGUGAUAAAUUAAAAUGAUACUAUGGGCAGGGUGGGAAAGGAGCGUGUUUGUCGCGUUUGUAACAAUAUUUGCAAUUUUGUGUGAUGAAAUUUAAAUUUGCAACAAGAAAUCGUGAAGAGAACUGCAAUUAAAAAUUAAUAUUUAUCGUGAUGUGACUUUCUGCUCUAUAAUCUAGUGUCGAGUUACAAUUCAAGCAAGUUGGAUCAGAUUUCAACUUACAAAGAAAGCACGCCUGGGCGGCGUAGCAAUAUUUAUAAGCCUACAAGAAAAUUCAUAUCUCUAGACCAACCAAUGUGGUUUAUAUUUAUUUAACUGUUAGUAUUAAAGUAUAUCCUGAUACUCGGACCAAAAGAAUAUAUUUAUUGAUGAGAUGUGGAAUUGGAACGAAAUAGCGAGAUCUUUUGAUUUCCGAAAUAUCGCCAAGACGCGAACUGUAUCGAGAUUGUUGAUUAUAUUAAAAGGCCUUAUCACAAAACUUAAAUCCUGUCAAAAUACUAUAAAAUUUCCGUGAAGUGAAACUGUUGGAAUAGUUACAGUUUUACUUCACUUUCAUUAGAAAAGAAUGCGUGAAUGAAGAUUACGGUCGAACAUGCGUUUGGGCGGAUAUCGAUACCAAAUAUUCGAUAUAAUCUUAGUCUGUGCCAGUGUAGGUAUUGUGCCUGUAAUAACAACAUUUUUGUUGGUAGGGGUACUUGAAAGUACUCGUAUUUGAAAAAUACGAUACCUAGGUCCAGAACAUGUUGUAUCGACAUUUCAUGCGUUUUGGUCAAGCACACACUGAAGACAAAUACGAAGUGUAGUGAAAGUUUAGCUACUGUAGGCUUUAUAUUACCAAUGAUUAAUUAUUUGCCAUAUUUGGCACAUUUUCCAAUCUCAUCAACUUUGGCUAAAUAGCAUUUUGCUGUUACUGUUGGUAAAUCAGUUACAGGAAAAGUGCAUUCUGUUCUUUCGCUUAUUGUUAUAUGCUUACAUUGCAGAAAUAUCGGUAUUGAUAUCGAAAUGGAAAAAAAAUGCAUUAAUAACGAACCAGUAUCCUAUCGACAAAAAAAGUGGAUAUCGCCUAUCACUAAAGUGAAUACACAAGACUGUAGAGUUUGCCAAAAUAUGAUACAGUUAUCUGCAGUUUUACUAAUAUUUUAUGUCAUUUUGUAGACGUACGCAAGCUUGCUGAAUCCCAGAAUAGUCACCAGUAACAUGUUUUGUGCCGGAUAUAAGAAAGGAGGUACGGACGCAUGUCAAGGAGAUAGUGGUGGUCCGCUCGCGUGUUUUGAUCGCAGCAACUCCAGGUUUAUCCUUGGUGGAUUGGUGUCUUGGGGCGUAGGUUGCGCACAACCAGAUCGUUAUGGAGUAUACACCAAGACAGCAUUAUUUACACCAUGGGUGCAGAGGAAACUUGCUGCCUUUGGAUAUUAG